AAAAAAAUCUCCUUCGUCCAUUCUUUUCAUGAUUUUUCCUUAAAAUUACCCCUUCAUUAUUUUUACACUUUCUUGCUUUCUUACCGACUCUUGCCAUAUCAUUACCAUCUCUUCUUAUCAUUUGUUCCGUCCGCUCUUUCAGUAGACAUGAACUACGAUUCCCUUCUAGACUCAUCCGAGUGGCUAGCUCCUUCGCUCUGCCUCAAUGCCGAUGCAAAUGAAGACCUUGCACCUGUUCAACCUACAAAAGACAAUCUAUUACCUGCCUCUUUUCCCACUCUCACCUGGUCUAAACAAUCCUCUGAUAUGAACAAUGCAGAAAAGGCAGAAAAGCGACUGUGUUAUCGGCACAGACCAGAUUUGCGGUCUAAGCGAGCAGCGGACGAGAUUCAACUCGAGGCAUUGCAACAAGAUAUUGGGCGUCUGCCACAGCAAGAUCAACAAAUCAUUUCUCAUAUUUGGUCUCUCUUCGGAUCUGCACCAGCUGGUCAUCGUCAGUUGGUUCUUAGUGGUCUGCUUACCCAAUGUUGUGUUCCUCAGCUUUCAUUUCUUUCAAAUCACCUUCAGCCUUUACUCCGAAUCGACUUCCUGACCAUCCUUCCAACCGAAAUUACACUUCGUAUUCUUUCUUACCUUGAUGCCAAGUCGCUUUGUCAUGCAGCCCAAGUAUGCAAGGCAUGGAGGCGCUUAGCAGAUGAUGAUGUUGUAUGGCAUAGAAUGUGUGAACAGCAUAUUGGCCUGAAAUGUACAAAGUGUGGUUGGGGCCUACCACUCUUGGAAAAGAAGAAAGUUAGAUCAAGGCGUCAAUCAGAACAACAACGCCAGCAGCAACAAUUUCAAGCAAGUCAGGACAGUCAAGAUGAAAGUGAUCUAGAGAUACACCCGUAUGUGGCUCAUUCACUGCCAUAUCAGCCUGCGUCAACCACAGCUUCACUUCCAUCCCCCCCGGCAUCCCUCUCUCCUACAGAAGAACGAGUAUCAUAUAGCUGGCCUGGCAGGCGGCGUAGGGCAUCAAGUGAUUUCGAGAAUAGGGGACGACUACUGAAGCGUGCUCGCAACGACUUAAGGCCAUUAUCUCCGGACUCCGAUGACAUAAGUAGCUGUCCAACGCCCUUAUUCCAAUCUCCAGAACCGCCAGCUAAACCUUCAGGAGCAACAAAACGGCCAUGGAAAGAGAUUUAUUCAGAACGCCUGAUCGUUGAACGCAACUGGAGGAAACGAAAUUGCAAAGUGAGGGAGUUCCGUGGCCACACUGAUGGAGUCAUGUGUCUACAAUUCGAUGACACUUUCCUUAUCACUGGGUCCUAUGAUAACACGGCCAAAGUCUGGAACAUCGAGACUGGCGAGUGCCUUCGCACUUUGAAGGGACAUGCUCUUUGUGUGCGAGCACUCCGCUUUGAUGAAGCCAAGCUUAUUACAGGAUCCAUGGAUCGCACUCUUAAGAUUUGGAACUACCACACUGGACAGUGCAUUCGCACUUUACAGGGCCAUACCGAUGGCGUCGUCACACUUGAUUUUGACUCACGUAUUCUGGCUUCUGGAUCGGUAGAUUCAACAAUCAAAAUCUGGAAUUUUGCGACCGGAGAGUGUUCAACACUCAAAGGGCAUACUGACCUUGUCAACAAGGUACAGAUUUAUAAGAAGACUAUGCUCUUCUCUUGCAGCGACGACACUACUGUUAAGCUUUGGGAUAUUGCCUCUAGGGCCUGCAUUAGAACAUUCACUGGUCAUGUUGGCCGUGUGCAAUCCUUGCAAACCUCAAGGGAUGCAUUGAUCUCUGUUCUCGCAAAUAGGCGACAUGUCAGGUCGACUAGUGGGGCAUUAUCGCCAAAACUCCUCGAAAGUGGUCGCCAGUCACCAUCCUAUGACGGUACCUCAUCUGAUGGCGAGAUGCGGACAAUGAUGCCUAUUGUUGUAACUGGCGGGCUUGACAAUACACUCAAGGUUUGGAACGCAGAGACAGGAGAGUGUCUUAAUACGCUUUUUGGUCACGAAGAGGGCGUUUGGAGUCUAGCCUUUGACAAACUCCGUGUUGUCUCUGGAAGUCUUGAUAAGACAAUCAAAGUGUGGGACACAGAAAGCGGUGAGUGUCUGUACACACUACCUGAACCAGAAGGCCCCGUCACUUGUGUGGAUCUCGGAGACACUAGAAUUGUGGGAGGAUCAGCGAAUGGCAAUGUUCUUAUGUGGGAUUAUGGUGUUCGUUUGUAGUCAGAG